UAGGUAGAGAGAGAAAAGUCUUUACAAAGGGAGAUCCGGCGGUCGGCCGGCGCGUGAGCGUCCGUGCCGUCGCUGGAGCCAUUUUCCUUUCGAUAAAAUCAUCCGGUUCUGUCCCUCCUUCUCUUAUUCGGUUUCCGUCUGUCGGAGCUCAGAUCAGCCACCAACCGGUAUGGUUCUGGUAUGGGAGUUACGGCGGGGUUUGCGGGUAGGAAGGGGGGAGGGUCAAUAGUUCGAGUUUUAGUUCCGGGAGGCGGAGGCUCUCACAGAUCCAUCGACGCCAGUUUUUGUCUCCGCUGGGGGGAAGCUCCCUUAGUUCUGCCGUCGUCGGAUCUAGCUUCCGGGGGAUAAAGGCUAUCACAGCUUUACGUCGCCGGCUUCAGUCCCCUAGUCCUUUAGGGUUUUUUUCCGUUUGUUUUUUUUUCGGUGUUUAGUCGUUGGUUUGGAGUGGUUUCUGGUCGCGUCGGAGGAGAGAAAGAUCUCCGACAGAAAGAGUGAGGUUGCAUGCGAGGCUUUGGGCGGCUGCGGUGAACGGGGGUGGAUGAGAUCUCGCCACGGCGAUUGAUUCUCUCCGAUAUUUGAGUCCCAUAAGCUCUUGACGGUGAAGAGGUUCGGAACUUCGGAGUUCCGGUGUGGCUGGUUGAUCCGAAGGAUGGACCUCCGGCGAGGACGAGAAGCGGGUGCGAUGCGAUGAUCUCGCGAUACGUGACCCUCGACGUCGAGGAUGUUGACACGUGUCCAAGCGACGAAAAGAGUGAUCUGCGAGGCGACUGCGCUUCGAUCCCGUGUUCGUUUCUAGGGUUUCUCAAGGUGGGCCGCUGGAAAUGGGUCCAAUUGUGUAACGAGUUUUAGCUCGGUAGCUUUAGUGGGCUUUUAUUGUAAUCAGUUUCUGGGCUCGGUCUGUUUAUAUAAAUUAAAAAAACUAUUGACGGGAAAAAAAAAAAAAAAGAUGUAGACUAUGUUUGAGUUUUAUCGAAAGAACAUGAGUACAGUAACAUACGUGCAUUCAUAUAUGUUAGAGCUGGGUUCCAUCCCUCUUCAGACCCGUUCUGAAAUCUCAACGUAAGCGUGAUAAAGCCCAAAUUAAACAUUGUUGGAGUCUAAUAAUUUGUAAUCAGUGUAUUAAAUCAUUUUCUUAUGUUUGAUAAUUUUAUUUAUGGGACGUAGAUGUUGAAUAAAUUAUUUUUUUAUAGUAAUAACUAUAUUAAGAAAUUUGGAUUUGAAAUUAAAACUUAAUUUUUAUAUAUACUUAUUGUAUUUGUAGACUGAAAAAAAUCCAAUAGCAUAGAAGAGAAAGGGUUAUAAUUUAUAAACAAUCAGAAACCAGAAGACGAGGAGAAGUGGCUGGCGGAAGGAAAUCGCCGGAAUCCAGCACAACGCUUUCUUCAUGCAUCGCGCCUUGGCCGCAAGUGAUUGUGAUCUUGAGCCUGUUGCUUAUGAGUUUUUCACUCGAGCAUUUAUAUUAUACUGAGGAAGAAAUCGCGGACUCCAAGGCACAGGUCACUGCAAUUCACCUGAUUGUUGGAACCUUGCAAAGGAUCAAUGUCUUUGGUGUCGAAAACAGAGACACCUUGACUCAUAAAGCAACCGGGUACUCAGCAAGGCUUUUAAAGAAGCCUGAUCAGUGUCGAGCGGUUUAUGCAUGUUCUCACCUCUUCUCGGUCGAUGAUCUAGAUGGCAUCAAAGAUGGAGAAAGAGCUCUUCUAUGUUUAAGACGUGCACUGAGGAUAGCAAACGCAGCCCAACAAAUGGCUAAUGCAACCCGAGGUAGCAGCGGACCAGUCACGUUGUUUGUCGAGAUCUUGAACAAGUACAUAUAUUUCUAUGAGAAAGGGAAUCCACGUAUAACUCCAUCUGAUAUACAGUCUCUGAUAGAGUUGAUCAACACGGAGAUGCAAAGCGACAACAACGGUAACACAAGAACCCACUCAGAUCCUUUCUUUACAAGCACAUUGCGUUACAUGAGGUUCCAAAAACAGAAAGGUGGCUUGAUGGGUGACAAAUAUGAACUUAUUAAGUUGUGACUUGUAUCCUCCACAGUUUUGAAAUCAAAUCCACAGACCUAAAACUCCAUUUUUUUAAUGGAAGUUCAGAAGAAAUUGUUGUCAACAUUGAAAAGUACACGUUUGGUUUCUUUUCUGUAAUUUUUUAGUCUCUUUUGUUACUAAUACUCUAUCUCUAUUGUGUAUAGAAUCCUCGUUUUCAAUCUGUCUAUGUCUCAAUGUAAACGUUGUUUCUA